AUGUCCAAAAAAUCAUCCAAAAAGUCAUCCAAAAGAACAUUGAAAUCCUCGCCAAAACAAUCAAAGAAGAAACUAUUGAAAUUGAAUAGCUUGGAUAGAUUAUCAAAUAAAAACUUUAGUGAAGAAUUGAAAGAGAUUAAAGAUUACUUUGAUGAAAUUGUUUUUGAUCCUAAUUACAAAGAAGAAAUCAAGAAUCAAAUUUUAGAUUCGCAGCCUUAUAAAUGGGGUCAUAUUGAUUCUUUAAUUAAUUUAGAUUUACUAAAAAGUGUUCGUAAUGAAAUAUUGAAUGAAAUCCAUUUUACAAGAAAGGAAACUGAUAUCUACAAAGUUUUCCAAAGUGGAGAUUUAGCAAAUUUAUCUGGUUUAGAUUCCAAUGAUUUAUCGAGAUUACCUUCAUUAUUAAAAUUAAGAACUGCUCUUUAUUCCCAAUUUUUCAGAAAUUUCAUAUCUUAUGUUACCAAUUCUGGUAAAUUGUCUGGUAUAAAACAAGAUAUGUCUUUAAACACAUAUACAAAACAUUGCCAUUUAUUGACUCAUGACGAUGUUAUUGGCUCAAGAAGAGUAUCUUAUAUUUUAUAUUUGCCUGAUCCAAAUUCAACUUGGAAAGAACAUUAUGGGGGCUCCCUAAGAUUGUUUUCUUCAAUCGUUGAUAAUAUUCCCGAAUCAGAUUAUCAUUCAAAAUUCAUACCUCAAUUUAAUAAUUUUGCUUUUUUCAAAGUUCAGCCAGGAAAAAGUUUUCACGAUGUCGAAGAAGUAAAAGUCGACAAACAAAGAAUUUCGAUUCAAGGUUGGUUCCACAUUCCUCAAAAGGGUGAGGAUGGUUUCAUUGAAGGUGAAGAAGAAAGUUAUCAAAAAUUCAGCACUUUAAGCUCUUUACAAUCAAAAAAAUUGCAGAAAUACGAUUAUCCAAAACAAAUUAAAUUACUCUUUCCAAUCAAUGAAAUUAAUUUGUAUAAAAAAUUUUUCAAUAAUUAUCAAGAUCAGUUUGAUAAUAUCAAAAUAGAGUAUUUAAGAAAAUUUCUAAACCCUGGUUUACUUGAAUUAUCGCAGCUAAAAAAAUUAAACGAUAUUUUUUUAAAUGAAUCAAUUGUUGAAAUUAUAAGUUUAUUAAACUCAAAUUACUCGAAAAUUUUAUUUGACUUGAUUAAAAAAAGUGAAUUUGAUGAGGUAAUGCCGAUUUUGCAAAAUCAAAUCAAGUAUCCCUGGAAGUUAGCAAUUCCUUCUUCAAAACAAAGAUACAUGUAUAUUGAUGGAAGAAGAGUAGAAGAACUAAAUGAGGACUCCAUUAAUAAUGAUUCACAAAUAAAUUCCCUUGACUCUCCAAAUUUUGAUUUACUCAAGGAUUCCACAAAUAACAAAACGCUAAAAGAAUUAAUUAACUUGGUUUUGUUUUUAAAGAGUUUGCCAUUUAAAAAAUGGCUUUCAAUUGUGACAAGUUUAGUUCCUAUAUCUGACCAAAUUUUAAUUAGAAGAUUUCGUCCUGGUCUUGAUUUCACUCUUGCAACAACAAUUGAUGAGGAGGAAAUCACUAAUAUUUCGAUAAAAGAUAGCUCAGUCGAUGCUGUUCUUGAGGCCACAUUGUCUUUGACCCCAACCAAAGAAUGGGAGUCUGGCGAAUUAGGAGGAUAUGAGCUUUGCAUGUCGAUGGAAGAUGGCCAAGAUGAUCCAGCAGUUUAUCGCUCUGCCAAAGGUGAUAGUGAUGACAGUGUUAUUUGCAUAAGUCAAGCAAGCUGGAACAAUGUUAGCAUCAUGUUGAGAGAUAAAAAUGUAAUGAAAUUUGUAAAGUAUGUGAGCUGGAAUGCCAAAGGAAGUCGUUGGGACAUCCACUGCCAAUGGAAUGUUCAAGCUAGAUGUGAUUGA